UCCAAUAAUAAUGUGUUCAUUUCAUUCAUUGACAAAACACAAACCACGAGGAGAAAUAUGUGCACAUUACGCGCACUGAUCGCGGUCUGUACACACACUUGCAUAGGCGAUCACUGUACACACAAGGAGGGAUUGAUUUGCAAAUGAAAUUCGGCAAAAUCGUGCACAGGACAUUAUCAAUCAAACCACUCUUGUUGCUGCGUGUGUUUCGUUGGUGGUAGUGGUGGUAAGAAGACGGUGGAAACAUUAACAAUAGAAGCGGCCCGGGAACUUGGGCAUAGUUGCAUCGGCGAUUGCAGCGUGGUGGUACUGUUAUUACCUCUGCUUGAUUCUUCGUGAAGUAAAAAAACUCCAGCUCCGAACUUCUUUGGACAUCUCGUUUGAGUGGACGGUACAAGAAUGAUGAACUCACCACCUACUCAGGUCCCGCCGACCAGCGUGUUGUACAAGCUGGACAAGGUGGCGUACAGCACCCCUCCGCCGGUCAGCUCGGACCCGGCCAACAACGAGUGCAAGCUGAUCGAGUACCGGGGAGCCAAAGUAGCCAGCUUCACCAUCGCCGGCGAUCUCAUGAUCUGCCUGCCCCAGGCUUUCGAUCUGUUCCUCCGGCACCUAGUCGGCGGCCUGCACACGGUCUACACCAAGCUGAAGCGGCUCAACAUCAUCCCCGUGGUUUGUAACGUGGAGCAGGUCCGAAUCUUGCGGGGCUUGGGGGCCAUCCAGCCCGGAGUCAAUCGUUGUAAACUGCUUACCAGGAAAGAGUUCGACAUCCUGUACGAAGAUUGUACCACGGCAAGGUAAGGAACUUGUCUUUUU